AUGAAGACUCCACAGUUCACUCUCAUUCCCCUCUUAGGCCUCUACACAACCUCCACCCUCGCCGACUUCGUCAUAGGCAGAUACGCCGGCUCCGAGCUCGGCGGCACCUUCUCAACUCCAGGCCAACUGCACAUCAUCGGGACGUGGAACAGCGCAGGUAUCGAAGGCCAAAAAAACGGCUUCGGAACCGACGACUUCUGUUCCGCCGGCACCUCCGCCGGCACCGGCAAACUGAACGACUGGAAGAACAACGAAUUCUGCGACUUGGAAAUCCCCGGUUGCCCCUUUAGCAUGCGCAUUGUCAGAUAUGCGAGCAGAUUUUCUGGCGACUGCGGUGCGGCUACCAAUGACGCGGAUCGUGACUAUUCGGUGGACUAUGGGGUGCUGAUUGAUACGGUCUCGUCCCGAAUGCGGCGGUUGGUAAUUGUUAUUACGGAAGCGCGCAGCUGA